AUGGCCGCCGGCGCAGGCCGCAUGCCCACGAACCGACUUGUUGAUAAUCAGCCUUCGCUACCACCAGCAAUCUCAAUACCAUGCUCCACGCACCACCCUAGUCGUGGACUCAGCUCCGAGGAGGAGAACCUCGCUUUUUCUCUGAUGAUGCUGGCCAACGGCAUCCGGGAUGAGUAUCAUGUAUUCCUUGACUAUGAUACAAUGCGACCACCGCCGCUGCCUUUGCCACCACACAUGGUAGAUAUUCCGGUGAGCGUAGCCCGCGAUUUAGCCCAGGGUGUACUGGCGGCCGAGGUGACCAGCCAAACAUCGGCUUCGGUGGUCGUGGUUGCUCCAAGGCAAGGUCCCACACAAGCGCCGCCACCGUUGUCGGUAGUCGUCAUCGGGGCAAAUCUGGUGCUAGAGCAGGUGGUCCCGUUGACCCAAGCGCCACACCUGGUGAUUGUGACUCAAGCGGCCCCUGCUCUGGCAUUGGCAUCCACCCAAGCACGACAAGUUGUCGCGAAGAACAAAGUGCCAUUCAACAAGCCCAACAAAGCGUCCACACAACCAAUCAAGCCAUGCAAAUCGCUCAAGGCUGUGGUCACGACGGUGGAGAACCAAGUGCUGCAGCAGGGGAGCCAACAACUGUUACACGAGUGGCCCGUGUGUGUCAAGAGGUUCAACAAGUCUCGGGGCCUUAAUGUGCACAUGAAAACCCAUCCAGAUGGGAGAUUGCACCCAUGUGUGUGGUGCAUGAGCACUUUCCCCAACUCCUCUACGCUUCGCUCACACGUCAGGCGCAACAAUACUUGCGGUGGAAACAAGCCAAGAAAGCUUGGGCCCGUGGCCGCGGCGGCGAUAGCAUGGCACACCAUCAACCUGAACAUGCCGGAGAUUUAAUUAGGCCGACGAUGGAGAAGGAGGAGGAGGACACCGACAAAGAACAUGUGGUUGGUGUGUUAAUGCGAUAGCAGAUGUCAGUUUCUAGUCCUCAUAUCAGAGUCUGGCAGUUUCAAGUUGGUGAGCAGCUGUAGCUUUUAAUUUUGGUGGCUAGCUGUAAA